AUGGAAUUUGGACGUAUAUUUAAAACUGUUUUAUACGUCGUACCUGUAGGUAUUGCAAUUGUAGAUACAGUAGGCUAUGUAGCGAGAGUUAAAGGAAUUUCUAUGAGGCCAUCUCUCAAUCCUGUUUCUGAUUGUGUAGAUUUUGUUUUAUUAAAUAAAUGGGUCGUUAGAAAUUAUGAAAUUAAAAGAGGAGAUAUAAUUUCAUUGAUAUCUCCAAAAGAUCCGGAACAAAUAAUUAUAAAAAGAGUUGUCGGAUUAGAGGGAGACGUUAUUUCAACAAUCGGUUAUAAAUCUAAGGUAGUGACAAUUCCACAGGGACAUUGCUGGGUAGAAGGUGAUCAUGUUGGUAGUUCAUUUGAUUCAAAUACAUUUGGCCCUGUUGCAUUAGGAUUAAUUACGGCUAAAGCAACUCAUAUAGUUUGGCCCCCAUCAAGAUGGAGAUUCAGAUUAAAAAUAUGCUCAUAUAAAUUUAUCAAAGACUGA